UCCAUCUCUUUAUCUUAUGUUAAGAAAAAAACUCAUAGAUACAGAUAUUAGUAUAGAUUCCUUAAACAAAAAAAAGAAAAAGAAAAACUGACUAAAUCCACCCAACCCCACCCCAUCCCGCAUCUUCGCGCCGUUCACCGUUCACUCAUUCCUUCCUUCCUCAAUUUCCACAAUCCAUUCGCGAUUUCCCUCUCGCCUCUCCCCACCAGCAGCAGUCUUUGCCAGUCUGCCUCUGAUCUCAACUUCCCAAAUUUCCAUUUCCCGCCCAAUUACCUCACAUCGCAUCUUCAUCCUUCACUCUUCCUCUGUCUUCCCUAAAUUUCUGGUCUUACCCUCAUGGCCUCAUCCCCUGGACCUCUGCCUCUCAUCGGCUCAUCCCAAUUCCAUCGCUCUUCACCCAGCCUCUGGCCACAGACUCCAGUCCCAUUCGACAAACAAGCAGCGGCAGCAACAUCGAGUUCGAGGUUCCUUUUCUUUCAAAUACAAUGCUCUGAUUCUAACCCUAAUCGGGGUUUUGGUUCCAAAAAGUCCAACAGAAAGGCAAACAAGGCCAGUACAUCAAGGGAGGAGAAGGGUAUGAAAUCACAACAAAGGAAAUCAACUAGUAAACAAUAUGGUCCUUCACCUGCACGGGCACCUGGUUUAAGUGUUCAAUUUGAUGGAAAAUCUAACAGCAGUUCCUUGGAUAUUGGCUUUGAGGAACGGCUGGAAGCAAUUAGAAGGGCUGCACUCGAACAGAAAAAGGCAGAGGAACAAAAAGAAUUUGGAGCAAUUGACUAUGAUGCACCUGUUGAAUCAGAGAAUAAAACAAUUGGGCUUGGUGCUAGGAUUGGAGUAGGAGUAGCUGUUGUGGUCUUUGGUUUGGUUUUUGCUCUUGGAGACUUUCUUCCCUCAAGAAGUGUUAAUCCACCUGAGGAAGCUGCAGUGAUUGACAAGAAACUGUCGCAAGAACAGGAAGCUACUCUUCAGGCUAGGCUGAAACAGUUUGAGGCAACGCUAAGUACCUCUCCAAAAGAUCCAAUUGCCCUUGAAGGAGCAGCAGUUACAUUGACAGAAUUAGGGGACUACGCUCGGGCAGCCUCUCUCCUUCAGGACUUGGCAAAGGAGAAACCAGGCGACCCUGAUGUUUUUCGUUUGCUUGGAGAAGUUAAAUAUGAACUUAAGGAUUACGAUGGUAGUGCUGCUGCAUACAAACUUUCUACAGCGGUGUCCAAAGAUGUUGAUUUUGAGGUUUUACGGGGCCUUACAAAUGCAUUGCUUGCUGCUAAAAGGCCGGAUGAGGCUGUUCAAUUCCUUCUGUCCUCUCGUGAACACCUGAAUAUGGAAAGAUCAACUCGUCCUAAUCUCAAGGCUGACAGCAAUAAAAUGGAAACAGAAUCACAGAAGGUGGAUCCUAUUCAGGUUGAUUUACUUCUGGGGAAAGCCUAUUCAGACUGGGGCCAUGUUCGUGAUGCGGUAGCUGUUUAUGACCAGCUAAUUUCUAGCCACCCAAAUGACUUCCGAGGUUACUUAGCCAAGUAGGAAAAUGAUUGAUUACAUUAUGGCAAGAUAAAAAACAAAGCCCCCUAACAUCAAUGAGCAGGUACCAAGUUGAUUGCCAUUCCUAAAUUAUGAAGCAUGUUUUUUGUAUGAGUAGUGCCAAUCUUAAAAGCUAACUGUUAAAGCUUAUGGUCGACCUGUCUUCAGGUUAUUGUUGUAAAGAUUAAUUUUUUGAUUAAUUUGUAGGCCUAAAUGAAAUAUGUGUUUGUACUAUUGUUCAAAGAAAAUUUCAAAUUAUAACCUUAAAUUGUUAGGUGAGAGAUCCAACUUUUAAUCUGUGAUCUAUAUAUAGGUGCACAUCUGUCUACCUGUAUUAUCAUAAGAGUUUACUUCGUAAAGUCUUAUUGUGGCAACCUCAAAUCUAUCUUGCUUUUAGUUCUAUUUUUCCUUUUAAUUCCCAUUCACUUCUGUAUAAGGCUCCAUCACCUGUUAACUUCUACUCAAUCAUUUCCUUUUACAUUGUCACUUGUCAAAGCUUCCCAUCUCCUUCAACCUUCUGCACUGAAAUAUUGUCGCUUUGGUGCCUUUGAUUGAAGUAACAAUUCAAUUAUAUUUAUAGGGGUUUUGCUUUUGCUUAUGUAGACCACCAUAGACAACUAUAUUUAUCUUAUUUCAUUAAGCUGUUCCUCUUAUUUGAACAUCAAAUAGAAGUUGUCUUAAUUACAUUUGCAAAUUUAAACCUUUAAAAUAUAAUAAUACGAAGGCCUAAAACUGGAAAUAAGUUAUGCUAUGUGUUUAUGCCCAAUUCAUUAGA